CAGUUCACCUUGAAAUCUCAAAGUAUCUCAUCUCAAUUCAACCUCCAAUCUAUUAACUACCAAAUCUAACCACAAUGAACUUCACAAAGCUUUUUGUCGUAUUCACUAUUCUUCUUGUUGCGUUCGCCGGACAAGGUGAAUCAAGGAGUUUGUGGAAGAAAAUCUUUAAGCCAGUGGAGAAACUGGGUCAACGAGUUCGUGAUGCCGGUAUUCAAGGAAUCGCAAUCGCUCAACAAGGGGCCAACGUUCUAGCCACAAUCAGAGGAGGCCCACCACAAUAAAAGCUGUGAUACACUAAUUAUAGGAAAUUUAAAUGUACAAUGAUAUUUAUUCUAAUUUUAUGAAAUAUACUAUUUAUUAAACUUUAUAAACAACUUAA